UUCAGCGAUCAACGGUUGGGCAAGAACUACUACCUAGGUUUACCUGUGGAUAAAAUUAUUCUUUUCUCGUUGCGGAAGUGUUACAAAGGGACAGGAAAGUUAAAAGGAGAUUAUCAAUCCAGAUCAACCAUGAAGAUCCAACUAAUUGCGCUCGUUUGCAGCGCGAUCGCUUUGACAGAGGCCCAAAACUAUCCCCCGCGUCUGAGCAUUCCCGGAGCAGUAGCAUCACCUGGUCAAGUGCCCCACCGACAGCCUGUGUUGAGAGUACGCCGUCCAGGAGCUUCAUUACGCCAGCAGAAUACCAUACUUCCAGCGGUGACGCAGCGCAUCGCCAUUGAGGAGCCUCGUCCUGUAACAGAGUCAGCGGAGGAUGAGCAGCCGGAGCCAUAUCUGCCUAAUCUUCUGCGGGAACAGCAGCUGGCCCAGGCCCAGCAAUCGCAGUUCCAGCAGGCAGCUGCCGCCUUCCUGGCCGGCCAACAACCCGUUGAACAACCCUCGCCGGUGCAGCAGUUCCUUCAGUCCGAUGACUCACAGCCGGCUGCCAUCCUGCCUCCUCCUUCUUCUCGGUUCCCCUCCGAACGUCCAUCUAUUCCGACGACCCUGAACCGUCCCGCCGCCUUCAAUGACUUUGGCAUCGGUCGGUUUGAAAACUCGCAGAGAUUCGGCUUGGAGCGACCUACUCCCACUGCAGCAGCGCCACCACCACCGCAACAACAGCCCCAGCGGGUGGCUGUGAUUCGAACGAGACCAGCGUCUUCUGCUGCCCUACGACCUGAACCACCAGCACCACAGCCUGUGGCCAGGCCACGCCCUAAGCCCGUCCAGCCGCGUCCUAUCAUUGAUCAAAACCAACUGCAGGAUGAUCACGUUGACCAGCAGCAGCAGCGUCGCCGUCAGCCCGUUUCCCAGACCAUUCGCAAGUGGCGUGAGGAAAACGAGGACGGAAGCAUCACAUGGGGCUAUGAGAACGACGACGGAUCCUUCAAGGAGGAGCUGAUCGGCACCGAUUGCAUCACCAAGGGAACCUAUGGCUACAUUGAUCCAGAUGGCAACAAACGUGAGUACCACUACGAGACUGGAAUCAAGUGCGAUCCUAACAACCGCAACAACGAGGAAGAGUUACAAGAGAACGGCUUCGUCAACUACGAAGAGAAUCGCGCCGUGCUGCCCAAUGGCCUGGAGAUCGACAUGACGCAGUUGGGCAAGAAGAAGUCGAAGCGCCCGAACGGCUUUUACAGGAACUGAUACUCCCCACAACAUAUAGUCCCUUAAGUCAAGCAGCUCGUAGUUCGUCUUACUUGUAUUCCACUUAUAAUUAUGUCCAUACUCCAUUGAGUGUCAAGUGAAAGAUUAAAAUGAUUAGAAUAGA